UCUUGCGCUACGAGUUCGGGUGGUAGCAUGCAUCGCGGGUUUGGUUGGAUAUAUAUAUGUAACCCCGUGUUUUCGCAGGAUGUCGUUGUUUAGCGCCUGUUGAAUUGUGCUUGACAGGGUAUCUACUACCUACCUAAAUACACACCCGCGCCCGUUGGGAAUGGGGACGGAUGGGUAUGCCAGCAGCAGUUCAGACACAUACCCGAGAGCGGAUAUAUUGGUACGGCGCCGCAGCACUUGGCACAUACUCCAUAUAUACAAAGAAUUACCGAAAUCUAUGUGUAGCUCGGUGGACAUAAUUAUCCCCAUGUCGGCGCCACGUUUCGGGGCCAGCAUGACAUCUCAACCCUCGACCACUCGACCGCAGUCAACCUCGACAACUCCGUGCCUUCCCCAUCACAGACGACGGGAAAACGGGCCCCAGGGACAGCGGAAAACGCCCGAGGUGAAAGAAAGGGGGUAUAAUCAUACGCAGAAACCCGCCGGGUGAGUGAGUGAAUGCGUCAUGGCAACUCAACAGCCUCUGCCCUCCCAUCAUCGCCACCAGAAUGUUGAUGCGGAUGUU